AUGACAUUUCCUGAAAAUGGAAAGACCUUUAACAUCGACGCCAUGAAUCCCUCCUGGACCAGCACUGCAGACUCUAAUAUCUAUACAAGAGGUCAGUCUGUCAACCUCCAGGUUUCUGCCAAAACCAUGCCAGAGCGGCAGCAGCUUUUCAUCCAGUCCUGUUUUGUCUCUGCAUCUCCUGAGCCUCAUACUAGGCCCAAGCAACCAGUCAUAAUGAAUAAAGGGUGCACAGCCCCAUUGGGUUCCCCUCAUGCUGUUGUACAAUUUGUGGCCUCUGCUGUACAUCCACUGCAGUGUCUUGAUCUCAGACCAGGGGUCAACUUUGGCUCUAAAUCAUGCAACUACAACUUGAUCCAGUCAAGAUGGGAGGACCUUAGUGGUAAUGUAGAAGUAUGCAAGUGCUGUACAUCAAAGUGUAAAGGUCUGCAAAUCAAGAACCUUCCUGAAGGUGCCAAGGCUAUGGUCAGCACUGGCCCCUUUGUCAUUGUCGAGAAACCUAUAGAGCCACGUCUCUCUGAAUCGCAAGAAACCUCCAGUGCUCCUGUUGCAGAAGCCAUGCAGUCUGAUCGUGCAGUGACUGAGGCCACAAUUGUUUCUGGUACAUCUGUAUCAAGACUCCCUCAGGCUGUGGUGGUUGUGAGUCAGGACCCAGUUGCCAGGCUGACCUUUUGGCUACCUGGACAGGUGCGAGAUACUGGACACAGCGAGAAGAUCAAUUCUGAGGACAUUUUGACAUUUAAGUUACAGGCAAGUGACAUCUGGUCAAAUGAGAUUCAACCUUCAUCCACAGAUCAGGAGCCUCUUCUGAACAUGCCCACAAACAUGGUCAUAGAUCAAAGUGCAAAUGAACUAGGAAGUGACUUUAAUUAUCUGACACUAGUUGAUGGAUUGGCAAUUCCCAAAGAAAAAAGGCGUUUUGGAAGAUCUGGAAUUUUUGACACAGAAGCUCUACAAGAUGCUGACAUCCUCUUGACGGCUGACAUGAAUGUGAAUGUCCUAAACCAGAAUGAUUGUAACAAAAUGAGAGAGGGGCUGGCAGUGACGCCCCAAGAAGAAUCAGAUGAUGCCCAACCGAUCGUUCGUUCGAAACUCCAGUUUUCCAAAGGCACCGAUGGCUCACAGACGCUGAGUUAUGAGGAAGAUGUUAUGAGGCAACAAAGUAAAGGUGUGAUUGGAAGAUUUUGGAAUGAUGGGAUACAAAGAAAACAGGAGCCCAGAAGGAGAGGGCUGCACUCAACUUUCCUGGAUUUGUUGAGGAGGAUGGACAAAGCAGAAUAAUUGCAUCUUUAAUAUGAAUAUUUUCUAAUGGCACUUCAAUAAAUAAAUAAAUGUAUUGAGAAAUAA